UGUUCUCCCCAGUGAGAUACCGGUUGGAGAAACGCAGUAGCAAGAGAGUACAGAGAAGGGUUAGUAAUCGUUCCCAUACCUGGCCCCUCGUCCCCGAUAAGAAUCCUGCAUCUUCUCUGGUACACAUAAACCGAGCGGUUAGAUGUGGAAACAGGGCUGAGGAGAGAGCGACGCGAGGGAAGGCAACUAAAAAUUCUAACCCGGGUUGUAAAGUAAGUUGCCUUCUAAGCGGCGCUUUAAAAGGAAGCAGAAGAUAAUUGACCAAAACAACAGAGAAGAUGGACUAUGAUUUCAAAGUGAUGCUGACCGGGGAGAGAGAACGUGUAGAGGACCUGUUUGAAUAUGAGGGAUGCAAAGUGGGAAGAGGCACCUACGGCCAUGUAUAUAAAGCAAAGCGAAAAGAUGGGAAGGAUGAUAAGGACUACGCCCUCAAGCAGAUUGAAGGCACUGGCAUCUCCAUGUCUGCCUGCAGAGAGAUUGCAUUACUGCGGGAGCUGAAGCAUCCUAAUGUGAUCUCACUGCAGAAGGUGUUCCUGUCACACGCAGACCGCAAAGUCUGGCUGCUCUUCGACUACGCCGAGCAUGACCUCUGGCACAUCAUAAAGUUCCACAGAGCGUCCAAGGCCAAUAAGAAGCCCCUGCAGCUGCCCAGGGGAAUGGUCAAGUCCCUGCUCUACCAGAUCCUGGACGGCAUCCAUUACCUUCACGCCAACUGGGUCCUACACAGAGACCUGAAACCUGCCAACAUCCUAGUGAUGGGGGAGGGGCCAGAGAGGGGUCGAGUAAAGAUCGCGGACAUGGGCUUUGCCCGCCUCUUUAACUCACCACUGAAGCCGUUAGCAGAUCUGGACCCUGUGGUGGUCACCUUCUGGUACAGGGCACCAGAGCUACUCCUAGGUGCCAGGCACUACACCAAAGCCAUCGACAUCUGGGCUAUUGGCUGCAUCUUUGCCGAGCUGUUGACAUCUGAGCCCAUCUUCCACUGUCGCCAAGAGGACAUCAAGACCAGUAACCCCUACCACCAUGACCAGCUGGACCGAAUCUUCAACGUCAUGGGCUUCCCCGCUGAGAAGGACUGGGAAGACAUCAAGAAGAUGCCCGAGCACUCCACUCUGAUGAAGGACUUCAGAAGGAACACGUAUACAAACUGCAGCCUAAUAAAAUACAUGGAGAAACACAAAGUGAAACCAGACAGCAAAGCAUUCCACUUGCUUCAGAAGCUGCUGACCAUGGACCCGAUCCGUAGGAUCACGUCUGAGCAGGCCAUGCAGGACCCUUACUUCCUGGAGGAACCUCUGCCCACCUCCGAUGUGUUUGCAGGCUGCCAGAUCCCCUACCCAAAGAGGGAGUUCCUGACAGAGGAGGAGCCAGAGGACAAGGCAGAGAAAGUCAGAAAUAAGAACCAGCAGCAGCAGGGGAACAACCACACCAAUGGGGCGGGGCACACUGGUAACCCUGACAAUAGCCAUGCCCAGGGCCCGCCCCUAAAGAAGGUGCGAGUGAUCCCGCCCGUCACUACCUCAAGUGGCCUCAUGACUACAGACUACCAGCGCUCCAAUCCACAUGCUGCCUACCAGAACCCCGGACCAAGCACAUCACUGCCCCAAAGCAGCAUUGGAUACUCCUCUACCUCCCAGCAGCCCCCGCAGUACUCACACCAGACCCACCGCUACUGACCCCUGACCUCUACCCACCCCUCGCCAUGCCCGCUAGGGAGAAUGUACUAAGGGAAGUGGGUGUGUCCAUGGCAACAGCCCACCGGUCCACCCUCACUGCAGCAGUCCAUUAGCCCAGUAUGUUAAUACCAUAUACUCAUUCUAAAAGAACAUGACAUGAUGCAACAACAUCAGCCAUGACAGAAAAUGCCAUAACGCGACAACAUUAGCCAUGACAGAAAAUGACAUAACGCGACAACAUCAGCCAUGACAGAAAAUGACAUAACGCGACAACAUCAGCCAUGACAGAAAAUGACAUAACGCGACAACAUCAGCCAUGACAGAAAAUGACAUAACGCGACAACAUCAGCCAUGACAGAAAAUGACAUAACGCGACAACAUCAGCCAUGACAGAAAAUGACAUAACGCGACAACAUCAGCCAUGACAGAAAAUGACAUAACGCGACAACAUCAGCCAUGACAGAAAAUGCCAUAACGCGACAACAUCAGCCAUGACAGAAAAUGACAUAACGCGACAACAUUAGCCAUGACAGAAAAUGACUUCAAUUCAACCAUGAGCAACACAUGGAGACUAAACCAAGAGGAAGAUGGAGAAGGAAGAACAGAUGCUGUCAGUUUGUUGUUUCCCUCGUUCCUUCUUCUGUGGUUCAAGUUAUCGUCGCUGCAGGUUUGUGACCAUUACAAAGUUAACCUUCAGAACUGGUACUUAACUACAGCCACAAGACCAACAAACAGAAGGUGGACCCGGGGCUCCCCUCUUCCCUUACCCUCAUUUCCUUCUCUCCUUACCCCUCCACCAAAGCUCUCCCCCUUUCCAGCCGGAUUCCCCUCUUCCUGUUGAAGCUUCGAUGAGAUUAAAGCUGCUAUGUGACUGCCAGCAUUGACAGAAUAUAUGUCUUUCCUGUCUCUGUCCCUCUGUCUGUUUGUCUUCCCGUCUGUGUCUUUGUGUCUGUCCGCCCUUCCAUGGGCGUCUUCGUUGGGGACCGAAUUGAGCUGCUGACAGGAGCAUUCUGGGAGUUUGUGGGGCCCCGCCCACAGCUCUGGUUGAGGGCUUUAUUGAGAAACAACAAAAGGAAUAAAAAAUAAGAUUUUAGUAGUUUAUAAUUUAAUCCGUUUUGUUUUCACACAAAAAAAAAAGUGUCGAAGCAGCUUCUGUUGUGCUGAGAGAGAGCUGCCGUUUUUAUUGCUGUGGGCAAAGCCUUAUCUUCUUGAUGACAAACCAACACAUUGUGUGGAGGAUGGCAUAUGGAACAUGCAUUUUUACUGUAUUGAAAUAUUUUACAUGACGCAAGUAUCCUGACAAUAAAAGUGGUAAUGUUGACA